AUGGAAACAGGUAACCUACAACGUGCCCCUAACGACCCGAGACGGCUCGACUCCGAAAACUCAGGCCUGGGGACAUGUAUCCCGGAUGCUUCAGGCUUGGACUCUCAACGGGAACCCUUAAGGCAAGCUGAGAUUCUGUAUUCACAGGGUGAAUAUCGUGAUGCCUCGGAAAUUCUGAAGACUCUGUGCAAAGAGUAUCCCGAAAACAGCCAGGCCAAGAAAGAUCUGACCAAGACCAUCUUCCGGCUCUUGGAGCAACAAAGAGGCGGUUACAACUUCAAGUCAUUAUACGCCGAAGUGGAAAAGCUUCGUCCCCCUCGACUUGAUCGUGCGACGUACUUUGAACCCGUGGAAGUACGGAACUCGCAGCUUACGGGCAGAGGACUUUUUACCAAGUCGGCUGUGAAAGCGGGAGACUUGCUCGUAUGCGAGAAGGCGUUCUCGUAUUGCUACAUCGACAGCUUAGCGGGAACGGAAGCAGCUCUUCGGGAGGCAACUCUCCGGAAGCUCGGCGAGAAUCCGGGCUCCCUAUCCGCAUUCAGUUCUGUCUACCAUGGGUCUUAUGUCCCGAAACUCGAAGUCGAUGGCCAGCCAUUUGUUGACCCACAAUUGGUAGACAAGAUCUUGACCACAAAUUCCCUCGGCGGCUCCCUCACAAGCCUUUCCUCUCACCUCGCCGCAUCCACUCUCACUCCCACCGCCUCCUCCGGCCACUCCAGCGGUCUCUGGAUCCUGGCUGCAACAAUUAAUCACUCCUGCUUUAGCAACUGCCGCCGCAGCUUCAUCGGCGACAUGCUAAUCAUUCGCGCCUCCCAAGACCUGCCCGCUGACACCGAGCUCCUAUGGGCUUACCGCAACCCCGCAGCCAAAGACCACGAAUACGACGCCACCCAGAAAUCCCUCUCCGAGUAUGAGUUCAUCUGUGCCUGUGAGCUUUGCACAGAUGCCAAGGCGACGGGGAAGAAGAUGCUGAAGAAGAGGGAGGCACUGAGGGCCGAGCUCUCGGCUGCUUUCGGAGCGGGAAGUGUGAGGGGAGGCUUCGAUUGCGGGAAGGUCGACAUGGGGAGGCUCGAAAAGACACUGGGCCUGCUGGAGAAGACCUACUCCAGCUCUGCUAUCGAGGUCCCGAGGACCGGCAUCUGGGACCCGUACCUCGCCCUGACGCGCAUGUACGCCAUCCUCGGCCGUCCGCAGAACGUCAUCUGGAGCGUGCUCAAGGUCCUCGAGAAUCUCGGCUUCGCCAUCGAAGGGGCGAGCUUCCCUCCAGCUCGAGCGGACUCGGUGAUUGCGGUGGUGAAGUGGGGGCUGGUGGUUGAUCACCUGGUGGAGUGCUGGGUCCUGCUCUGGACGGCGUACGCGGUCCUCCGGGAUGUGAGGAGGGCGGAGAUGGCGCGGGAGAUGGCGGUGGUGAGUUACCGGGUUCUCGUUGGGGAGGAUGAGACGUUUGAGGAGACCUACGGGGUUAGAGCGAGGGGCUGCGUUGCGCAGGGUCGGCUGUGGUCGAGUUCUUGA